CCCGAUCAAAAUCUCCACCGUCAAUACACCUCGUCAUAGAUCAGAUCUCAGCCGUCCGCCGCAGUUCCUGUUACUAUAAAUCCCGCUCCGAUGUCAGACACCCCUCGUCGACGUGGCAUUUAACUGCUUUUAAAAUCCGGAUUUGAAGUCCGGACAAUAAAUAUUCCCCACAGGGAAAUAAAACGAAAAAUUCCCACACUGAGGUCCGAACGAAGUGUGAGAAAAUCGUUGAAACUAGAGAGAGAGAGAGAGAGAGAGAGAGAGAGCGAAAAGAAAACCCAGUGGAAGUAGAAGUCUGCGUGAGCUUCGAUUCAGCUAAUGGAGUGGCUCAAAAUCCAUACUUUGUUGCUGGCCUAAGCUGGAAGGUUUUUUGGGUGAGAAAAGGAAGUGUUUUGGGUUGCGUGUUAUUUUCAAUUUGAUCUACAAUGGGUGAAGAGGAGACCUUGACAGCAGUUGCCGAGGUAGUGGCAAAUGGGACUAUCACCACUGACCAGAAGGAUGAAGAUGUUCCCCAGAAGAAAGAGGAAGAAAAGACCAGUACCGUUGAUCAGAAGAGUGAAGAUGUUCCUCAGAAGAACGAGGAAGAAAAAGAUGGUGUAAAAGAAAUGGAAGAAGAUGGCAAAGUCGAUGAGAAAGUUGAGAUGCAGAAAAUGGACGUGGACCCAGAGGGUAAGGAAACCGAAGAAGAGAAAAAAGAAGAAAAUGGAAGCAAAGAGAAGGAAGAGGAAAGUAAAGAUGGAGGUGGAAGCGACGCAAUGGAUGAGGAAAUGGAGGUGAAAGAAACUGAGGAGAGCAAGGAAAAGGUGGCUGACUUGAAAGAGGUAGAAGAGAAGGCUGAAAAGAGUAAACGAAAGAAAGCUUCAAAGAAGCGUGGAAAGGGGAAGAGUAGUGGGACAAAGAAAAACAAAACUAAGGAGACUGAGGAAGAAGAGAAAAAAGAAGGCAAAGAAAGUAAAGGAGAGGAAGAGGAAAGUAAGGAAGAAGCUGAAAGUGAGGCGAUGGAAGAGGAAAAGGAGGUAAAAGACACCAAGGAUAAUAAGGAGAAGGUAGAUGGAUUGAAAGUAGAAGACGGAAGCCCGGAAAAGCCUAAAAGAAAGAGAGGUUCAAAGACACUUGGUAAAAAGGAAAUGCAAGAGGAAAAGGAGCCGAAAACCCCCAUGGCUUCUGCAAGUGAUCGCCCCGUACGUGAAAGGAAAUCUGUAGAAAGGCUGGUUGCAUCAAUUGAAAAAGAAUCUGUCAAGGACUUGCAUAUAGAAAAGGGCCGCGGUACGGCACUGAAAGACAUUCCUAAUGUGGCAUACAAAUUAUCAAAAAGGAAGACUGAUGAAACUAUCAAAUCGCUUCAUAUGAUUCUGUUCGGAAGGAGGGGAAAGGUGGUUCAAUUCAAGAGUAAUAUUUCCCGGUUUUCUGGCUUUGUAUGGACUGAAAAUGAGCUUUUGCAGGAAAAGCAAAAGAUUAAAGUUAAGGAAAAAUUUGACAAGUUUGUGAAAGAGAAGUUGAUGGAAUUUUGCGAUGUGCUUGACGUACCAAUUGCCAAAUCUACUACGAGGAAGGAGGAUAUUGUUACAAAGUUGAUAGACUUCUUGUUGUCUCCUCAUGCAACAACUACUGAGUUACUUGCUGAAAAAGAGCAGUCAAGCAAGGGGAAAAAGCGCAAGAGGGGUGGCAAAAGGAGUGCAUCAAUGUCAGGCGGCACAUCAUCAAAACACUCAGCUAAGAGUAGCAGAACAGAAGAUGAUUCAGAUGAAGAGGAUGAUGAACACGAAGAAGAGGAAACUGCAAAUGGCAUUCCUGAAAUAUCCAAAACUGAGAUUUCCGACCAUUCUGAAAGUGAAGACAAUAAAGAUGAACUUGAAGCAGAAUCUGAAGAAGAAACAGUUAAAAACAAACGAGGUUCAAAGAAAUCAUCUGCAAAGAAGGAAUCAGCCGCAAAGGCAAAAACGAAGAAAGUUGGAACUCCAAAAAAAUCUAGUCCACUCGUCAUUCCUGAUAGAUCCAAAAAUGAGGUUCCUGAGAAUUCUGAAAGCGAUGACGAUAACGAAAAGGAUGAACUUGAAGAGGAUUCUGAAGAGGAUACAAUUAAAGAUAAACAAGGUUCUAAAAAAACAUCUGCUAAGAAGGAAUCUGCUGGAAAGGCAAAAACCAAGCGAGUUGCUACUCCAAAGAAAUCCAGUCCACCCACUAAAGGAACACCUGUGAAACCAUCAUCAAAUCGCUCGAAGGUUGAUGAUGACAGUGAUGCAAGUCCAAAGACAUUCUCUAGGAAGAAGAGAACACCUGCGAAAUCGUCAUCGAAUCGCUCCAAGGUUGAUGAUGAAAUCGGUACAAGUCCAAAGAAGAAGAGAACACCUGCAAAAUCGUCAUCGAACCGCUUGAAGGUGGAUGAUGAAAUUGAUGCAAGUCCAAAGACAUUUUCGAGGAAGAAGAAAGCUGAGUCUGUCAAGGAAAAGUCGUCAACUCCGAAAAAACCUGCUUUGAAGGAGAAAACAGGGGAAAAGGCCGCAAAAGGGAAGGACAAGUCCAAAGAAGCAAAAUUAAGGCCAAGUGACGAUGAACUCAGGAAUGCGAUAUGUGAAAUUCUUAAAGAAGUCGACUUCAACACGGCUACCUUCACUGACAUUCUGAAACAACUUGCUGGGCGAUUCAAAAUGGAUCUUACUUCUAGAAAGUCUUCGAUAAAGCUGAUGAUCCAGGACGAACUUACCAAACUAGCUGAUGAGGCAGAUGAUGAAGAAGAUGAAGGCGACGCUGAGAAAGAUGAGACCCAACCCUCCGGUAAAGGUGUGAAGGCAUGACUGCCAAAAGUGAAACAAGACUAGAUGAAAAUGUAAUGGCCUUCAAUAGGCUUCCGGGAUCUUGCAAUCUCUUUUGUAUACAGCACGCUGUAAUUUACGUUUAGGAGUUUUUUCACGUCACGUUGAACUUGUAUGUUUUAUGCUUUGUAGGUAUGGGUAUAGUUGGGACUACGCAAGUUAAGUCGCAUGAUUGCUGUUAGGAUGUACACAAAUGACAAUUUGUGGAGUUCUUCCUGUAACUUGACUUUUUGUUGACAAUUAGAGUUAAAAUAUUGUUGUCUACUCGUUAGGCAAAUAUGGCAAUUUGAUAUUGGGUGAUCA